AAAUCAUGCUGAAGUUGCUCUUAAGCACAGCUUUUCUUCUUUACCUGUCCAGGUAGCUUCUGUUUUCAUUUCAGUCUUAAUGAAAACUUUUUUAUUUACAUCUCAAGUUGCUUUUCAAAGCAGUCGAGAACUGAAACGGAUGGGGAUUGAACUGCUUUGCCUGUUCUUUCUAUUUCUAGGAAGGAAUGAUCACGUACAAGGUGGCUGUUCCAUGGGGGAUGCAGAGACCUGUGAGGACUGCUUACUCAUCGGACCUCAGUGUGCCUGGUGUUCUCAGGAGAAUUUUACCCAUCUAUCUGGAGUUGGAGAAAGGUGUGAUACUCCAGCAAAUCUUUUAGCUAAAGGAUGUCAACUAACCUUCAUCGAAAACCCUGUCUCCCAAGUAGAAAUACUUAUAAAUAAGCCUCUCAGUGUAGGCAGACAGAAAAAUAGUUCCAGCAUCGUUCAGAUUGCCCCUCAAAACUUGGCUCUUAAACUGAGACCAGGCAGUGAACAGACUCUGCAAGUUCAAGUUCGCCAGACCGAGGAUUACCCGGUGGACUUGUACUACCUCAUGGACCUCUCGGCCUCCAUGGAUGAUGACCUCAACACAAUCAAAGAGCUAGGCUCCCUGCUUUCCAAGGAGAUGUCUAAAUUAACUAGCAACUUUAGACUGGGCUUCGGCUCUUUUGUAGAAAAACCCAUCUCCCCUUUUAUGAAAACAACACCAGAAGAAAUCGCCAACCCUUGCAGUAGUAUUCCAUACAUUUGUUUACCUACAUUUGGAUUCAAGCACAUUUUGCCGUUGACAAAUGAUGCAGAAAGAUUCAAUGAAAUUGUGAAGAAUCAGAAAAUUUCUGCUAAUAUUGACACCCCAGAAGGUGGAUUUGAUGCAAUUAUGCAAGCUGCUGUAUGUAAGGAAAAGAUUGGCUGGCGUAACGACUCCCUCCAUCUCCUGGUCUUUGUGAGCGAUGCCGAUUCUCAUUUUGGAAUGGACAGCAAACUGGCAGGCAUCGUCAUUCCUAACGAUGGGCUCUGUCACUUGGACAGCAAGAAUGAAUACUCCAUGUCAACAGUCUUGGAAUAUCCAACAAUUGGACAACUCAUUGAUAAACUGGUGCAAAAUAACGUAUUAUUGAUCUUUGCUGUAACCCAAGAACAAGUUCAUUUGUAUGAGAAUUAUGCAAAACUCAUUCCUGGAGCUACAGUAGGGGUGCUACAGAAGGACUCUGGAAACAUUCUCCAGCUGAUCAUCUCGGCUUAUGAAGAACUCCGGUCUGAGGUGGAGCUGGAGGUGUUAGGAGACACAGAAGGACUCAACCUGUCAUUCACAGCUGUCUGUAAUACUGGGACCCCCUUUCCACACCAAAAGAAAUGCUCUCACAUGAAGGUGGGAGACACAGCUUCGUUCAACGUGACUGUGAGUAUACCAAACUGUGAGAGAAGAAGCAGGCACAUUGUCAUAAAGCCUGUGGGGCUGGGGGACGCCCUGGAGAUCCUUGUCAGUCCAGAAUGCAGCUGUGACUGUCAGAAGGAAGUGGAGGUGAACAGCUCCAGAUGCAGCAACGGAAACGGCUCCUUCCAGUGUGGAGUGUGCGCCUGCCACCCUGGCCACAUGGGUCCUCACUGCGAGUGUGGGGAGGACACGCUGAGCACCGACUCCUGCAAGGAGGCCCCGGAACUCCCCGCGUGCAGCGGAAGAGGCGAUUGCUACUGCGGGCAGUGCAUCUGCCACUUGUCCCCCUAUGGAGCCAUUUACGGCCCUUACUGCCAGUGUGACAAUUUCUCCUGCGUGAGACACAGAGGGCUGCUCUGUGGAGAUAACGGCGACUGUGACUGCGGCGAGUGCGUGUGCAGGAGCGGCUGGACGGGCGAGUACUGUAACUGCACCACCAGCACGGAGCCCUGCAUCUCCGAAGACGGGGCGCUUUGCAGCGGGCGAGGGGGCUGUGUGUGCGGCAAGUGCGUUUGCACGAACCCCGGAGCCUCGGGACCCACCUGCGAACGUUGUCCCACCUGUGGCGAUCCCUGUAACUCUAAAUGGAGCUGCAUUGAAUGCUACCUGUCUGCAGAUGGCCAGGCGGGAGAAGACUGUGUUGACAAAUGCAAAUUAGCUGGUGCGACCAUCAACGAAGAAGAAGAUUUCUCAAAGGAUAGUUCUGUUUCCUGUUCUCUGCGAGGAGAAAAUGAAUGUCUUAUUACAUUCCUAAUAACUACAGAUAACGAAGGGAAAACCAUCAUUCACAGCAUUAAUGAGAAAGACUGUCCAAAACCUCCGAAUAUUCCCAUGAUCAUGUUGGGGGUUUCGCUGGCUAUUCUUCUCAUUGGAGUCGUCCUACUGUGCAUUUGGAAGCUGCUGGUGUCAUUUCACGAUCGGAAAGAAGUUGCCAAAUUUGAAACAGAAAGGUCAAAGGCCAAGUGGCAAACGGGAACCAAUCCACUGUACAGAGGCUCCACCAGUACCUUUAAAAAUGUAACCUAUAAACACAGGGAAAAACAAAAGGUAGACCUUUCCACGGAUGGAUAGAACUACUUUACGCACGGAAAAAGUCUGUUUCACUGAUAUGAAAUGUUAAUGCACUAUUUAAUUUUUCUUUCUUUGUUGUUUCAAAAUGAGGUUGGUUUAAGACAAUAAUAGGUCAUUUGGAGAUCAGUCAUUCUCUGUGUGAAGGUUAGAGACUAUGUUGGCAGGUUCAAAAUAAUCAAGAAGAGAAAUAUCCUUAAAAAAGGGGUGACUUUGGGGAUCAUUUCAGGAAUACUAACUCUGUUGCAUUAAUGCCUCAAAAAAAUCAUCAAAAUAAUUCAUGGGGGCCUGAUUUGCAUUUAAAAAAUGUUUGAAAUUAGAAUCUCAUUUCUUGCAGGAAUACCUGACGUCUUUGUCUCAGCAAAGUCACAAAGUCCAUAUGCUCACAUUAUAUACUCACACUUGCCAAUGAAUUCUAAACUUUUAGUAAAUCUGCCCUUUCCUAAAGGAGGAUUUUUUUUUUAAUUUAUGAAAAAAUGAGAUGCUGACUUUUAUUUCAGCCGUAGGAUGCAAUUCUUCCAAAAAUAUCCCACGUGUAAGAAUGAAAAUGAAGUGUUAAUAAUUUCUGUGGAUUUGAAUGUACCCAAAAGUCAAGUAUUUUGUUUUACAGAUGAAGAAGAAGUAAUUUAUAAAUUAGGAAGUCACCAGUAAAAAACAAAAAUAACAAGCCUAUCAUUAGAUUAUGUUUAAUUACCUGAAAAUAAACUUCUAUACUCAGUUUCCCUAUUGACCCUGAGUUUUCAAACUAUUACUCCUUCUGUAUUUCUCAACCCAUUUUACUCAGUUUCACAAUCAUGUAAACCCUGUAAAUGUCAUGUGAAAGUUUUAAUUUCUUGUUAAAAAAUUUACUUUAAAUGGUUAGAUAGCUUAUUCAAAAAGAGCUCCAAUAAUAUACAAAAGGACCAUGGGUUAAACAGAAUAAAAUUGUUAGUGGUUUUAAAUCAAACACAUCAAGAGUACACAAGUCUCUCAUGAGUAAUAGGCUUAUUUAAAUCUAUAUUCUUUUCUCAUUUGCAUAACACAGCUUGCACAUUUCAGUUGCAUAUGGUGAAUAUGUUACUUUAAAAAGUAAGAUUUUACUUGCAAAAUACAUGUGGGUAAUUAGGGAUCCAUAGGUUAAUUGAAGAGAUGAACUCUGUAGAAUAUUAUUUUUUAUAGUUAAUACUGUUUUACAAAACACUUUCAUCUCAUUUGAUCCUCACAAGGAAACUAAGCCUCAGAGAGUGGGUAGAACUGGUCCAGAACUGAGGUCUUCUAGGUCCAAGCCAUUGCUUCUUCCCACAGGGUGAGACUGACUCUUGUCAGUGAAAUGAUAGAAAGAUUUUGUUAAGUAAGUGAUAACUACCAUUUGUUUGAUAAUGUAGUGACUAAGCAAAUAGCACUUAAACUACUGGAAUGUAGGUGAGGUCUUGUGCUUUUGUGCAAUGUUUAUUACCUUUGAGUAAAUUGUAAUGUGAAGCCUUUUACUAGGUGAGUACUUCAUUAGGUAAUGGAGGCUUCAUGUUUAUCCACUGAACUGGCACAGAUUAAUCUACAGUAAGUCUCUUCAAUUCUAUCAGUUAGCUUGGUACACAUUUGAACAUUGGAGACUUUUUUUUUUUCAGGCUUCUAAAUAACUCAGGUAAAUUAGACACUUGGGUAGUAUACAGUUAUACUAAAAGAAUUACUAAUCACUUGGGAAACCUGAAGGGCUGAUGUACCCAUACGUUCCUGACUGAAGCUCAGGGUCAGUGGGAAAUCUAGAGCAAGAAGGAAGUUGCAAUACCAAUGACACAAUAGUGGUAUUCAUCUCUACAUGUGAUAUUUUUGUAUUAUUACUGGAAUGGGAUUUUAGAAUAUAUAAAUUUCCUUUGUGUAUAUAUUGGGGAAGGUAGAAAAGAAUCUGCUAUUUCUCUGAAUACUGUUUUGACCCAAGGCUGGACCUUGAAAAGGCCAAAACAUUAACAGUAGUACUUCUGUUCACUGAAGAGUUAUGUUACGUGAUGAUAAAAUGGGUUUUUUGUAAGUUGUUUUAUUGUAUUUUGUGUUGACAUAAAUAAACAUGGUAAUUUAAACAAUGAA